AUGCUCUCGCCCACCAAAGUCGCGGGCCUUUCCGCCUACAUCCCCCAUCGCGUGCGCCGCAAGUGGAGAGCCACCAAGUCACGCAUCCACAGCCGCCAGUCGGUGACGUCGUCAAUCGCCUCUCUCGAAACUUCGUGGUCGCCCUCGGACACAAUAAAGGCCCUGCGCACCCACCCCUGGAGCAUCUACGACGCCCAGUACCUGUUCCUCGCCAUCGUCGCCAUCUUCUCGCUGUCCGUCAGCGAGGCGCCCGGCCCCUUUGCCAAGACGUUUGCUGCGACUGCGCUCCUCACAGGCAUCCUGGUACCCGCUACAAGGCAGUUUCUGCUACCAUUGCUCCCAACAUUAACAUGGCUUUUCCUAUUCAAUAGCUGCAAAUAUGUUUCCCCCGAAUACCGCCCUGCCAUCUGGGUCCGCGUCCUCCCUGCUCUCGAAAACAUCCUCUACGGUGCCAACCUUAGCAACAUCAUCUCUGCACACCAGCACACCGUUCUCGAUGUGCUCGCGUGGUUCCCCUACGGACUUGUCCACUACGUCUCCCCGGUUAUUGUCUGCGGGUGCAUGUUCAUUUGGGGCCCUCCUGGCACGCUUCCUACAUUCGCACGCGCGUUCGGUUACAUGAACAUCACAGCCGUUCUUAUCCAGCUCGUCUUCCCUUGCUCUCCGCCUUGGUACGAGAACACUUACGGACUGGCCCCAGCCAACUACUCGAUCCACGGCGAUGCCGCAGGACUGAAGGCCAUGGAUAGGAUUCUUGGGUUCGACAUGUACACCUCCGCAUUCCAGGCGUCGCCCGUAGUCUUUGGUGCAUUCCCUUCCCUGCACUCCGGAUGGGCGACACUGGAAACACUGUUCAUGGGGCACGUCUUCCCCAAGCUGUUCCCUGUCUACGUGUUCUACACCAUGUGGCUGUGGUGGUCGACAAUGUACCUUCAGCACCACUACGCUGUUGACCUGGUUGCCGGCAGUCUUCUUGCUGGCGUCUGUUACUUCUUUGGUCGCGCCAACUUCCUCCCCCGCAUCCAGCCCGACAAGGAGUUUCGCUGGGACUACGACUACGUCGAGAUUGGCGACCCUCAGGACGGCGCUGGCUACAGCAUGCUCGACAUCUACGAGGAGUUCCAGCCUCAAUCUGACUCCGACGACUGGGCCAGCGGCUCCUCAUCCUCUUACUCGACCGGCGGCCGCAGCCCUGUGGGUGCACGAUCGCCCACCGAUGACUCUCAGAGCCUCUGGGACGGCGACACAGUUGCAUCGGACACUGAGCCCUCCAAGCACUGA